AUGAGCCGGAAAGGGCCAAUGUCUAAAGAAACGGAGUCGGACGUUCCGCUUCGUAUAGCCAUCGUCGAAAAGGAUCGGUGUAAACCGAAGAACUGCGGACUGGCGUGUAAACGGUCAUGCCCGGUGAAUCGGCAGGGAAAACAGUGCAUCGUUGUCGAAGCGACAUCAACGAUCAGUCAGAUUUCUGAAGUUUUGUGUAUCGGUUGCGGUAUUUGCGUCAAAAAAUGCCCCUAUGAUGCGAUUAAGAUUAUCAAUUUGCCAUCAAAUUUGGCGAAUGAGACGACGCAUCGUUACUCGCAAAACUCGUUCAAACUUCAUCGUUUGCCAACACCAAGAUGCGGUGAGGUGCUCGGUCUCGUCGGCACCAACGGUAUCGGCAAAUCGACGGCGCUGAAAAUUCUCGCCGGCAAACAGAAGCCGAAUUUGGGAAAUUACGCGAAAGAGCAAGAAUGGACGACGAUCAUCAAUCAUUUUCGCGGCUCCGAACUUCAGAAUUAUUUCACGCGCAUCGUUGAAGACACCCUCAAGUGUGUCAUCAAACCGCAAUACGUCGAUCAGAUUCCGAGAGCCGCGAAAGGACAAGUCGAGGUGAUUCUGAAGAAGAAGCACGAUAACGAGAAUCUUUAUAGUGUCAUUGAUCAAAUGGAGCUUCGAGGCCUUCUUACUCGUACCAUCGAUCAACUCUCCGGCGGUGAGCUUCAGCGAUUCGCGAUUGCGAUGUGCUGCAUUCAGAAGUCGGACGUCUACAUGUUCGAUGAGCCAUCGUCGUAUUUGGAUGUCAAGCAGCGUUUGAAGGCUGCCGCCAUUAUUCGAGAGCGUGUCAGCGAUUCAAACUAUGUGGUUGUUGUUGAGCACGAUCUUGCUGUUCUUGACUACUUGUCCGACUUCAUCUGCUGCUUGUACGGCGUUCCAGGUGUCUAUGGAGUUGUGACCCUUCCAUCCGGUGUCCGAGAAGGAAUCAAUAUGUUCCUCGAUGGUUUCAUUCGUACUGAAAAUAUGCGAUUCCGUGAAUCGAAAUUAUCGUUCAAGUCAUCGGAACUGCAAGAGGAAGUCAAGCGGACUGGAAACAUCACCUAUCCGGCGAUGUCCAAAACACUUGGCAAUUUCAAACUUCACGUUGAAGCCGGCGACUUCUCGGACUCGGAGAUCAUCGUGAUGCUCGGCGAGAACGGAACCGGAAAAACGACGAUGAUCCGAAUGAUGGCCGGUUCGUUGAAGCCGGAAGAUGAGGACACCGAGUUGCCGCACGUCAGCAUCUCGUACAAACCGCAAAAGAUCAGCCCUAAGUCGGAGACGACCGUUCGCUACAUGUUGCACGAGAAGAUUCAGAAUAUGUACACGCAUCCGCAAUUCAAGACCGAUGUCAUGAAUCCGCUUAUGAUGGAGCAAUUGUUGGAUAGAAAUGUUAAAGUCAACGAACUUUCCGGUGGAGAACUCCAACGUGUCGCUUUGGCCCUUUGUCUCGGAAAAACGGCGAGCUUGUAUCUGAUCGACGAGCCGUCGGCGUAUUUGGAUUCCGAGCAGCGUUUGCACGCGGCCAAAGUCAUCAAGAGAUUCAUUAUGCACGCCAAGAAAACGGCGUUCGUCGUCGAGCACGACUUCAUUAUGGCCACUUAUCUAGCGGAUCGCGUUAUUGUUUUUGAAGGACAACCGUCGGUUGAAACCACUGCGUGCAAACCUCAAUCGCUUCUCGAGGGAAUGAACAAAUUCUUGAAAAUGCUCGACAUCACGUUCCGGCGAGAUCAGGAGACGUACCGGCCGCGCAUCAACAAAAAAGAAUCCGUGAAGGAUGUGGAGCAGAAGAAAAGUGGCCAUUUCUUCUUCCUCGAUGAGAAUUAG